AUGACGGAUGACGAGAAGCUGUAUGCGUACUAUCAGAGUUGCUCGGAGGGGGGACGGGAGGGAUGGAGCCAGGUGCAGCGGUUUGGGGAUCAGUUCGAUGGAGUCGUUAUUGGGGCUCCGGCUAUGAGGUAUUGUUUCCAGAUGGUCGCGCAUUUGUGGGCGAAUGUUGUUGAGGCAAGGCUGGGGUAUUACCCGUCGCAGUGCGAGGUUGAGGGCAUAGUCAAUGCGAAUAUUGCGGCGUGCGAUGGGUUGGAUGGGAGGGUUGAUAGGGUGAUUUCAAGUGGGAAGCCUUACUAUUGCGCUGCGAGUGGUGGUGUCCCGGAGCAGAACAGUACUGUCUCGGCUGAGGCGGUGCAGGUCGUGGAGACGGUGCUUGGUGGUAUGCAAGAUCUCGAGGGGAACCAGGUCUACCUGUCCUAUCAGCCUGGGGCUCUAUUCUACGAUGCACAGGGGACAUACAACAGCGCCUCCCAAACCUGGGGUCUAAACAUCAACUCCUUCGGCGGCGAAUACGUGACGCGAUUCCUGCAGCUGCGCGAUCUCGAAAAUCUGCCUUCCCUGGAGAACGUCACCUACGACACUCUCAAAGAAUGGAUCCAGUACGGCUGGCAGACAUACGCCGACACGCUGCACACCACCUGGCCUGACCUGACACCCUUCCAGCAAGCCGGCGGCAAGAUCCUCACCUACCACGGCGAACAAGACGGGAGUAUCCCGACUGCCUCGUCAGUCCACUACUACGAGUCCGUCCGCAAGACAAUGUGCCCUGGCCUCUCGUACAAAUGGAUGCCAGCAACGAGGCGAUGGGCGACUGGUACCGCCUGUUCCUGGUCGCAGGGGCUUCGCACUGCAUGA